ACAAAUAUAUAUCCAAAUAUAUAUAUCUAAAUAAAAGUGAAAUCGUAAUCGCGCUCCAAGUUUUUGUCGGAAAUCAAUUUUGCCGCCGCUAUUUGCUUAGCCAUUCCAUUAUCCUUGAAUUCUUGCGCCUACAGUAAAGAAACUUUAUAAAAAAUGGUGAAAUUCGGGCAAAUUCUGCUGUGCUACGGCCUGUUGCUGAGCGUGUUCUUUGCCGUGAACGAGGCGCGACCCUCCGCAGCGGAGGCGAAUGCUGGCUUACAGGAAACUGAUGGACUGGACCAACAGGAUGCUGAGGAUGUGCGUGCUGCCUACGGCGGCUAUGAGAUGCCCGCCCAGGCGAUCUACCCAAACUUGCCCAUGGACCGCCUGCAGAUGCUCUUCGCGCAGUACAGACCCACCUACAGCGCCUAUCUACGCACCCCCUCCUACGGCAACAUGAACGAGCUGUUCCGCAUGCCCGAGAGCAAGCGCCAAGUGAGGUACAGGCAGUGCUACUUCAAUCCCAUCUCCUGCUUUAGAAAGUAAAUGCCACCAACUGACGCCGAUGACAAAACAACACUACAAAUUCAAUAGAUAAAUCAAAAGGAGA